AUGUCUCAUGAAAACGCUGGUGGCGAGCGCAGCGCUCCAUGGUAUACAGUACCCUCCCAGGAUAUUGUCAGCGUAGAGCACCCAUGUGUAGUGAAAAAUAUUGACAAGGCCAUUGAUACCCUCCAGGGCCAUGCGGCAAUAUCAGAAAUGCUUGAUUCAUCAAACCGAGACUCGCCGUUGAGUCUCAUGUUGAAUCCGGAAGAUGUCAUGAGCAGACCGAUAAGGUCAACAAGCAAACAGACAAACAAUAUUCUUCUCAAGGUCACUGUACCUAAGAGGACGGGACGAAGGCGGAAACGAGGCUCUCAGGACCCGUUUGUCGAUAGCCAUAGAAGUAUAGCCACCUCGCCUCCCGACCAGUUAGACGCUCAAGGCCUUCUUCAGCGUUUGCGAGAGGAUGCCGGGCGAUAUCAAGUAGAUGUCGUUGGACAGGUCAAUCGAACACACGUUUUUAAAGGACUGCCGGACUUCGCAUACUCAACGACGGCGAGCCCAUUCGUACAAAAGUUCCGAGAGACUAUACUACCAUUCGAGUAUGAAAAACUGAAAAAAUUUGAACUUGACCUCUCAAAGGGGGCUACGUCUAACGUCGAUAUCAUUCCACCUCCAGCAUUAAGUAACAACGACGUUGCCUUCCAAUACCUCUAUCGACAAAACCCAACAGUGAAGCGUUCAAUUGACCCAUCCGGCCAAGUUACAACCUCCAACACCCAACGAAUAGUAAAGAUACCUACCCACCUUAUAUCUUACGACAUAUCGGCGGUACCAACGGAGCCACGACCGAACUGUCCGCCACUUUCAGAGCAGGAUCCGACUGUCCACGACACCGUGGCUGCCCUCCGCGCACUCUUUGAUGAGAGACCAGCCUGGACACGUCGUGCCCUUCGUAACAAGCUGCCCACACCCGAGAGAAAGUACGCCCUUCGUCUCGCAAUUCCCUAUGUUGGGUACCUCUUCCGCUCCGGCCCCUGGCGAGAUGCCAUAUUCAAAUUCGGCUUUGAUCCCCGGACCUCACCUGAUUACCGAAUCUAUCAAACGCUGAUGUUCCGCUUAUUCCCUGUCUCAGCGGAUGCAGAGGGACGGGAGCAGGAAAAUGACCCAAACGCUCAAUUUUCGACUACAACCACCCCACUGUCGGGAAGACGACUUACCAUUCCUCGCCUAUCAUACGAAAACAACACCGAUCCUACGCUCGCUAGGUCGCAUGUUUGGACUGGCGAACCACCACUAUCCAAAGACGGAAAAACAUGGAUGAUAGUUGACAUUGAAGACCCUAUAAUUGCCCGGCUACUUGAUCCUUCGUCCCCUGACGCCCAUCCUUCCCGGGAGAAGUGCGAUAUCUAUUCAUGCGGCUGGUACGGUAACGUUACGCUCUCAAUAGCGCGCACAAUAAUGCGUAUGAAAAUGACUAUGAUGAUGGAAGGCCGAACAGACUGGCCUUCGGAGCAGGAGCUGCUGCCUCUACUGAGUCUGCCGAGUCAUGUGGAUUCAGAAGAGGAUUUGAAUAAGUUAACUCUGGUUAGGGGUGGGAUGGGGCCUGUUGCAUCGCAAUUACUCACAGAGAUCCGAGCAGUGACUCGCAAUGUGCCGUGGAAAAUGGACAAGUUGAGGGAGAGGUUCAAGGGAGCGGCCGGGUCUUUACGGAAAGGUGAAAAGAGAGUCAAAUGGGAUGAUCAACAGGAUGAGGAGGAGGAUGAUGAGGAGGAGGAGGAGGGAGAGGAGCACGAGCAAGAUCAGGAGGAUGAAGAUGAAGAGAUGGAAGAUUACGAUGAAGGGGAGGUAGAUAUUGGUGUUGAAACCACGAAGGGAUCGUAA